CUGUCCUUAAGCUCUGCCACUCAAAAACAACGGAAGCAGGGGGAGAGAGAGAGAGAGAGAGAGAGAGAGAGGGAUGGAGGAAGGAGGAGAGGAAAUCAAUGCGGGGCUUCUUGUGAGAAAGGGGGAAGAAGAAGAAGAAGAAGAGUGGAAGUUGAGGAAGAGAGUGUGGAUCGAGUCAAAAAAGCUAUGGAGAGUCGCCGGCCCGGCCAUCUUCAGCCGGGUGGUGACAUACAGCAUGAACGUUAUAACUCAGGCCUUCGCCGGUCAUCUCGGCGACCUUGAGCUCGCUUCCAUGUCUAUCGCCACCAACGUCGUCGUUGGCUUCAGUUUUGGUCUCUUGCUGGGCAUGGCGAGCGCGCUGGAGACUCUAUGCGGUCAAGCAUUCGGUGCAAAGAAAUACCACAUGCUAGGGAUAUACUUGCAACGUUCAUUUAUAAUAUUAUUCGCAUGCGCCACCCUUCUCCUACCUAUGUACAUCUUCGCCGCCCCUAUUCUCCGGCUCGUUGGACAGCCGCCGGAGCUGGCGGCUCAGGCCGGAAAACUAUCUAUUUGGUUCAUUCCUGUACACUAUGCCUUCGUCUUCAUCUUACCAUUACAGAGAUUCUUACAGUGCCAGCUUAAGAACAUCGUUCACGCCGUUGUUUCAGCUAUUGUGCUAAUAGUUCAUCUGUUCAUGACUUGGCUUUUCGUUUACCGUUACAGAUUUGGGUUGUUUGGCACAGCUAUGGUAUUGAAUUUCUCGUGGUGGGUUGGGGUGGGAUUGCUUAUGGCAUUUGUGUUAUAUGGAGGGUGUAGGGAGACUUGGAAGGGGUUUUCUAUGCUGGCAUUUGAGGGGCUAUGGGAGUUCUUGAAGCUUUCUGCAGCUUCUGGAGUAAUGCUAUGCUUGGAGAACUGGUACUAUAGAAUAUUGAUUGUGCUUGCUGGGAAUAUAAAGAAUGCUGAAAUUGCAGUGGAUGCCCUCUCCAUAUGUAUAAGUAUUAAUGGCUGGCAGCUGAUGAUCCCUCUUGCCUUCUUCGCUGCAACAGGAGUGAGGGUUGCAAAUGAGCUUGGAGCUUGCAAUAGUAAAGGAGCCAAAUUCGCAACAAUUGUCGCCGUUAUUACCUCAAGCAUUAUUGGAAUUAUCUUCUUCAUAUUGAUCAUCACUUUCCAUAACAAGAUUGCUUAUAUCUUCACCAUUAGCGAGGUAGUCAUCGAUGCUGUCGAUAACCUCUCUUUCUUGUUGGCUUUCACCAUCCUUCUUAACAGCAUUCAACCGAUUCUUUCAGGUGUUGCAGUUGGUUCAGGAUGGCAAUCAGUUGUGGCAUAUGUUAAUAUUGGAUCAUAUUACUUGAUUGGAGUUCCACUUGGUAUUCUUAUGGGAUGGCUUCUACAUCUUGGUGUUUUGGGAAUAUGGGCUGGUAUGAUUGGAGGGACUGCUAUUCAGACACUCAUACUGGCUAUCAUGACCAUACGAUGUGAUUGGGACAAGGAGGCAUUGAAAGCUAGCUCGCGCAUGGAGAAAUUGUCUCGUCGGAUUGAACGAUAGUGUUAUAAUGAGAGAAGUUUUUUUUUUUUUUUUUUUGAAUUUCUGUAAUUUCGGGUCAAGUUAUAUGUAUCUUUUCAUGUAAAGAUGAGAAAAAUUUUUCUAUGUCCAUCUUUUAUGACUCUUUUCCCUGAUGAAUAAGCAAUAGAUGUUUAUGUUUUACUAAUAA